CAGAACAAAAAAAAAUGAUCCGAUACAAGGUGAGUGAUCAGCGGCGUUAGCAUCGCUAGCAUCGGCGUUAGCGGCUCCGGAGCUCCGCGUCUCUCGGUAUCACUCCCGGAAACUGUGCGGGUGUGUUGUGUGGUGUUUGGUUUCUAAAAUUCUGGACAGUGAAUAGAGCAUUGUAGCUCCACCUCCCCUGGACAAUGCCGACUCACUCUCUGAUGCCGUUAAUGGAAAGCCCAGAUGGACUCGCCCAUGAUAUUCUGAUCAGUAACAAUGCAAGCAUCCCCGGGUGUGGCUCCAGCAUGACGCCACACGCCAUCAGCUCAGAGAAGGCUGCGUAUCAACCUGCAGGAAGCUCGCCGCUGUCCUGCAUGUUCUGUGAGGAGACGUUCACUCAUCAGGACGAGCUGGGACCCCACGUGCUCACUCAGCACCCCACCACCUUCUCUGAACCCACUGUGCUCCGAGUGGAAGCUGAAUUCAGGAUCCCAGGAGAGCGAGCCCGGCCCAAAUCCAGCAGCCACCCCCCCAUCGAAAGAGAGGAGGUGCACAGCUGCAUUGUUUGUGGCCAGGUGUCACAAGAUGCCAGCGAGCUGGAGGCUCAUAUGAGGAAGCACAAGGACUACUUCACUUACUGCUGUAACGUCUGCGGCCGGCGUUUUCGAGAGCCGUGGUUCCUGAAGAACCACAUGAAGAUGCACGCGAAGCCUGGACCCAAGAGCAAGGCCCAGCAGGACCUGGAGACCCCGGCUACAGUCAAUGACGUGGUCCAGGACCCUUCAGACCCCGUGGUCACUGUUUACAAAAUGUGCAUGGUUUGUGGGUUUUUCUUCCCCGACCACGACAGUUUGGUUGAACAUAGUAAAGUACACAACAGGGAGAUGGAGCACAGCAGAGAUAAAGACAAGGAGGACGUGGACGUCACUACUGAGUCCCUCACCGAACAGGAAACAUUUCUUCACAGUUUGAACCUUCGGCCUCAUUCUGCAGGAAAUGGUUUGCGAAAUGAGAGAUCAUCAAAAUGGAUUCCCCAGCUCGAUCCCUUCAACACCUAUCAGGCCUGGCAGCUGGCCACAAAGGGCAAGAUAGCAGUGGGUCCGAAUAAUACGAAAGACAUUGGCCAGGAAGCCAGCACAGACAACGAGGACUGCAACUCCGAUAAGGAGGAGCUGAAUAGUAUUUGGUCUGAAGGCCAAGGAGACAAGGCCGCGAAGGAGGUCCUUGGAAGAGCUGCAGCAGAAAGCCCAGCGCCUCGCCGGAGGUCUCUCAUGCAAAAAGAUAAGGACAAAGAGAGGCCGACCACUUGUGAGGAAUGUCGGAGAACCUUCAGGACGUACCACCAGUUAGUUCUUCACUCCAGGGUGCACAAGCGAGAGCGAGGUGGCGAGGAGAGCCCCACUUCCUCCCUGGAGGGGAAGCUGUCGAGGGUGGGCUCCCUGGACCACGUGGAGGAAGGGUCUGAGGAGGGCAUGGAGGAAGCUGCAGGUGAAGACGGGUUCGAUCGGUCAAAGGUCAAAUCUAAAGAAUGCAGUUACUGUGGCAAGUCAUUCCGAUCCAGCUAUUACCUCACAGUUCACCUCAGGACUCACACAGGUGAAAAACCCUUCAAGUGUGUUUACUGUGACUACGCUGCAGCCCAGAAGACGUCUCUGAAGUAUCACCUGGAGCGCCGCCACAAGAACAAACCUGACGUGGAGCUCGCCAGCAGACAUGUGCCCUCGGCGCCAUCUCCCUCUAACGGGAAACACGGGAACGAAUCCAAACUCUGGGUUCCGAGCGCCGCAGCAACACCGGACGACAAAUACGAUAGCGUGGUUAGCAAACUGGGCAAACCCCUCGCCCAGCUGAACGCAGAGUACGAGAAGUUGAUUGCAAAGUCCUCUUACUCGCCGACUGAAGACGUGCCGGUCAAGUGUCCUCUACCCGUCAACAUGAAGAUGGAGAGGGAAGAUAUAAAAGAGGAAAACUCUGAGGCCCCAUUAAAUCUGUGCUUAAGAGCGACUCUCUCCAUCCCUGCCGGUGUAGAACCCAGAAAUGCAUUAAAUCCAAUCACCUGUUCUUUCUGUGCGUAUAAAACCAUGUACCCCGAGGUUCUGAUCAUGCACAAGCGGCUGACUCACAAGGACAAGUCGGACAGCGCCAAGAAGACUGGAUAUGGAGGCAGCGUGAAACAGAAGCGUUACACGGGCUGCCCCCCCGCACUCGACGGCAAAGACGUCGUCCCGCUUCCGAUGAUUGACAGACGCCACCCCCGUCGAACCAAAUCCCCCCCGCCCCAACCCGCAAAACCACAGGAGAAGACGCCGCCUGUUGACCCGCCUCAAGGUGUGAAGCGCUCCCCGGCCCUCGCACCCCUCAGCGGCCCGGAGACUCAGCGCCACAGACAGAGCUCUGACCCGCACCCCAGUCAGGAGUCCCCCAGGUUCCCCGAGCACAUGAGGAAACCCACCGCAGGCAGCAAGUACGUGAUGGAGCGACCGGGCCCCCCGGACCGAGUGGGAGUCGGUGAGAGGAGCUACCCGGUGCGGAGUGAUGCCAUGUGGCACUCGGAAGCCGCCAGGCUGUGUCUGUCCAGCCGGUUCGGGAGCCUGCCCCAGAUGGAUUUUGGAGAAUCUUCCAGCAAGAGACUGAAGUACUCGGUGCCCAGCGGCAGGGAGGCGAACGUCGGGGAGAAGCCGGGCUUCAGAGCCCCGCUCGGGGAUGGAUCCAGCAGAGUGAUCAUCUCAGGGAGAGGUGUGAGAUCCAUGGCCCCGUCCACGGCUCCUGAGACGCUGGGUCACGUGAAGAACACGGCGUCGGCUAUGGGAGGAGCUUUGGAAGCCGAGUGGAGCAUGAUGAACCUGCUUCGGCCCUACACGCCCAGCGACCUGGCCUCCCUCUACCACAGCUCGGCCGCUAACCCCAAUCACGCGGGCCUGACCAACCAGAGAGCAGGCGGCAGAACGGUGCUGUACCAACACUUACCCACUCUGCCCAUCCUGCAGAGGAGGGACCCCGCCGGCCCGUUCCCUCACCAGCGCUACGGGGCUUCGGACAAAAGCAGCUGAAGUGGCACCGAGGUAAAGGGCUGAAGAAGAAUCUAUUGAACUGCACACAGUGGGGCUCGGUGUUAUUUUGGGGGAUCUUUGAAAAGUUAAACCUGGUGAAUGAAUCAAGUGAUGAUUGAAAACAACAGAUUGUUUUCCUCUCUCUUUAGAUUGAACUGUGCUGCUACCUUAUUUUCAGAGAGAAUGUUUUCAAUGUACAGAUUAAAGAAGAGACGUCUGCGCUCAGGAAGUGGCUCCUCUAAUUUAAUAUUUCUUUCAAUAGCAGAACAUUUAUGUUGUGUUGACAUUUCAGGGCUCAGGCGUGUAGUGUACAUCCUGUUUUUUGUUGUUUUGUUGUACUUUUUGAAUGAAAAAGUGCAGAGUGUCUCUCUUUAAAGUUAUUCUUCCACUGGUGUGCACUGUGAUAGUUUCUUUCUCUGAACCUCUGAACUGUUGUUUUUGACCCACACUAAAGUCCAGGUACCUGUAAGUGUCUAUGACAUAACAGUCAAAUGUGUCACGUGGGAUGACGUCAGUAUAUCGGUACAUGAACUGGUAUGAAGUGAAAACCUAAGAAGAAAGAUCUGUGUGAAGUAUUGCUGCUCAGUUUGUCGACCUCCAAGCAGUGAUUAAGCACUAUCCUGUUUUUCUGUUUCCUUUCCCAAAGCACUGGUGGGUGGGGGGGGGGGACUUUCUGUCCAAUAGCUUGAUGGCUUCGGCCCAGUGGUUUACAAACAGGCCAGUGUAACGAGUCCUUCUGUGUUUGCUGGAGUGGUCUACCUCACACUGUGCUCUCCACACUGUUCUUCUUGUUGUGUCUUGCUGCUGGACACGAGUUUGUCGUCCGUCACGGUAUUUGUGGUAUUUGCUGGUCCUGUGACAAAGAGACGCUCCUGCUGAGGCCGUCUAGGAUCCAACGGCACAAACCAUUAAACUGUGCUUCUUUCAUAUACUUGAUAUUCAUGAGCCCGGUUUGAAAACACAGAACCGAUAUCGAGGUUAUUGUUUAUCCCCUUUUUUUUAUUGAAAUGGCAAAUGUCUCUCAGCUGCUUUGGCCUCAGAUCUAUGAGCUGCAAAAUGACCCAGACCUCGUGGAUUUCUGUUUGUGUGUUAAAGAGUCGUGCUGUGUUUUCCUCAGUGCCUGGAAAGUGAGGUUGUGUCUCGGCUGUGGCUGAUCGUGGCCUUUUUACAUGUGACCCGGUGCAUUUUUGGGAAAAAAACACAAAACCAGUGACGCUGGCUCGAUGUGAACACUGUGAACAAAAAAAAGUCUCAGGUUAUUAUUAUCUGUUGUGUAAAUUAGUAUUUUUGCCACAUUGAAAGGCUUAGGUUAAGUUAUUUGUUUUUUUGUUUUGGUAUCCACAUUACAUGUGUACUUAUAUGAAAAUAUUGUUUGAGAUUUGUAUGACACCUUUCAAUAAUAAAGUGACAUGCGAGGA